AUGUCACUACCAAAAUUGACUCCGGAGAAUAUCAUACGGUCAAUAUACACUAGCCCUGUGAACCGUCACAAGAACAACUUGGGGCUAGUGCUAGACUUGACGUAUAUUACCGACAACAUCAUUGUGUGCUCCUAUCCUGUGAUGAAGUACCCGCGCAUGUUUUACAGGAACAGUCUCAAGGACCUAGUCACGUAUCUCAACGUUCAUCACGGCUCCGGCAAAUGGAAAAUAUUUAAUCUAAAGGUUGAGAUCUGUGACUCGGACUACACUGACGAGGACAUAUUAUCGAUGGUGGGCGCGGGACUGCGGUCGCCUAUUGAGUCGCUUCGGUCGCCGCGCAGCGCCGUGAGCUCGCAGUCGUACGCUCUGUUGACCAAGCACAGCAAGUCCAUUGGGAUCGAACUGCCCGAACGGAGCUCUUUGAGUACUCCGAUCAACCCCAAGACCAUUCUCAACGACCUUGUCGCGCGACGUGGAUGGAUUGACCACUUUCCGCCGCCAUUCAUCCUAUUGGAAGAGAUCACAGACGAGAUCCACGAAUACCUAGGCGGCGACAGCGGCAGAGUCGCAGUGGUGCACUGUAAAAUGGGGAAGGGCAGGUCUGGCACCGUUGCGAUUGCAUACCUCAUGAAAUACCGGCAAAUCCCGAUGCUAGAGUCCUGUCAGCUUUUUCUGACCACGCGCUUCAAGCCCGGGAUUAGCCGCGGUGUCACCAUCUACUCGCAGUUGCGCUACCUCCGUUACCACGAGACAUUCAUAUGCUACGACACGCUCUACCGCCCACAGAUCAUGGAGGAGUUGCGCCGCUGCCGCUUCCGCAUCGACUCGAUAGAGUUUGUCAACCCGCUCGGCACGAUUACACGCGACAUCAUCGGCUCCGCGUGCAUGCUCGGUGUCAAGAUACAGAAGUACAAGCCGCGCAACGACGGGCUAGUCGACCUCUACAGCGUCGAAUGCGACGAGGACAAGGAGGAGUUCUCGCUUGUGGACGGUAAGUACAUUAUCCUCCCGCGGACCACCAUCGACACCUCCGACAUCCGCCUCUGCUUCGGCCUCCGAUCCAAAACCACCGAAUUCAUAAACAGCGUCACAAAGCUCACGUCGUCGGCCUACUGCUGGCUCAACCUCUAUUGGGAAACCGUCUCGUGCAGCAGGAGUCUCUCGCCCACCAAUUUCUUGAUCACUGAGUUGGACGAGGAAAUCCGCUCCAACAUCGGCCAGCCGACCUUCACCAUAAAGUGGGAGGACCUCGAGGGCACCAAGGGCACCUUGAACAAGGGCUUGAAGCUCUUCGACUCGCUCACGCUCUACUGGAGCCUUGAAACUGACCCUCGCUAG